AUGGAAGAAUUAAAAGAUGUUAGCAUUCAUCAUACUGCCAUAAAGUUAGCUGGAGAAUUGAAAUCAAUGAAAAUGUACGAAUCUUUGUAUAAAACAGUACAGAAAAUAGUAUGUAAACCAAAUGUAGAUAAAUAUGAUAUGAAAAAUACAUUAGAAGAGGCUAUUAAAUCAAGUGGAUUAGAAAUUGAAAUAAGAAAUUUAGUUUAUCAUUUAAUUCGAAAUUCAAAUAAAAAUGAAACAAAAACGACAAUACCAUCAAAUGAUCCAUUAAAUUAUUUGAAACGUGCUGGUAUGCUGUGGGAUCGACGUGUUAAAAAAUCUUUAAACGCAAUGUGCACUGAAUUAAAAGUACCCAUACAUGGUCAACAUAGAAUUACAGCUGAACGAGAAGAAAUCUUAACAAAGUGGGAUGAAUUAAGUAAUUUUCAAAUAGAUUUAACAAAUUAUCGACCGGUAUAUGCUCCUAAGGAUCUUUUAGACGUCCUACUAUCACUUAAGGGUCCAACUAAAAGUAACGAUAGCGAAAAUAUUCCGAAAUGGGAAUUUUCUCAUAUAGCUUUAACAGUCAAAAAUCUCUUUGAAUUGAGAACUCAUUAUUCUGAAUUAUUAAGAAGCGAUUUUAAUGCUGACUUGACAAAUCAUUGUAAAAAAGUUUUAUCUUAUAAACAUUCACCAUUAUGCCAACAACUUUUAAGACAAGGGAAUACUCCAGCACCAUAUCGAGGAGAAUUGUGGUCAUAUGUUUUAGGCAGUAAUAUAUAUACGCACCAAUCACAAUAUUGGGAACUCCUAAAAACAAAUGUUCUAAAUAUUGAUCAUAUUGUUGAUAAAUUAGUUUUUAAAGAUAUUCAAUUAACGGCUUCCAAUGAUGAUCAAUAUUUUGUUUUCGAGGAUGUUUUAUACCAAGUAAUGUUAUGCUUUUCUCGUGAUACAGAAAUUGCUGAAUUGAUACAUGUUGAACCUUAUAUGAUUAAAGGUAAACAAUAUGAGGGACCACCUUCUGGUGUAGUACCAUUCCACGGCAUUUGUAUGUAUGCUGCACCGUUUUGUUAUUUAUUUGAUUGCCCGCGAUCAUUAUAUUUUACUUUUCGAGCUUUUUAUAUACGUUACUGCCACAGAUUAACAACUAUUAAUACUCACCCACAAGGUAUUGUAAGCUUGUGUCUUCUAUUUGAAAAACUCCUUCAAACUCACGAACCAUUAUUGUGGUCGCAUUUCAGGGAACUUCAAAUUUCGCCAAUUCGAAUUGUGUUCAAAUGGCUGAUGCGCGCUUUUAGCGGACAUUUAAUGCCAGACCAAUUGUUGAUUUUAUGGGAUUUAGUCCUAGGAUUCGAUAGUUUAGAAAUUCUUUCUUUAUUUUCAAUUAUAAUACUUAGUUUUCGUAAGGAAAGCCUUAUGCAAGUUGUUACAUUGGACAGUAUUGAAGCUGUUCUUUCAGAUUUAUCAUCAAUAAAAGUUCUCCCAUUAAUUCAGCUUGCUUUAAGUCGUGAUUAA